AUGGGGUCGUUGACAGUGUUGCACCUACUAUUGCUUCUGUUGUACAGUCAGCGAUAUGGUGACGUUGACAGGUCAGCGAUCGGGGUCGUUGUCAGUGUUGAACCUACUAUUGCUUCCAUUGUACAGUCACCGAUAGGGGACGUUGACAGUGUUGCAACUACAUUUGCUUCCAUUGAACAGUCAGCGAUAGGGGUCGUUGACAGUGUUGCAACUACAUUUGCUUCCAUUGAACAGUCAGCGAUAGGGGGCGCUGACAGUGUUGCACCUUCCAUUGCUUUCAUAAUACAGUCAGCGUCACCGAUAGGUGGCACUGACAGUGUUGCAUCUACCAUUGCUGCAACUGUACUGUCAGCGAUAUGGGUCGAUGACAGUGUUGCACAUUUUAUUGCUAUCAUAAUACAGUCAGCGAUAGGGGGCGCUGACAGUGUUGACCUACUAUUUCUUCUAUUGUUCAGUCAGCGAUAUGGGGUCGUUGACAGUGUUGCACCUACUGGUGCUUCUGUUGUACAGUCAGCGAUUGGGAUCGUUGACAGUGUUGCAUCUACUAUUGUUUCCAUUAAACAGUCAGCGAUAUGGGUCGUUGACAGUGUUGCACCUACUAUUGCUUCUAUUGUACAGUCAGAGAAAGGGGGCGCUGACAUUGUUGCACCUUCUAUUGCUUCUAUUGUACAGUCAGAGAAAGGGGGCGCUGACAGUGUUGCACCUUCUAUUGCUUCCAUUGUACAGUCAGAGAAAGGGGGCGCUGGCAGUGUUGCACCUAAUAUUGCUGCAAAAGUACUGUCAGCGAUAUGGGUCGAUGACAGUGUUGCACCUACUAUUGCUGCAAAUGUACAGUCAGCGAUAUGGGUCGAUGACAGUGUUGCACCUACAAUUGCUGCAGAUGAACUCUCAGCGAUAUGGGGCACUGACAGGGUUGCACCUACUAUUGCUGCAAAUGUACUGUCAGCCAUAUGGGUCGAUGACAGUGUUGCACCUACCAUUGCUGCAAAUGUACUGUCAGCGAUAUGGGUCGAUGACAGUGUUGCACCUAAUAUUGCUGCAAAAGUACUGUCAGCGAUAUGGGUCGAUGACAGUGUUGCACCUACUAUUGCUGCUAAUGUACAGUCAGCGAUAUGGGUCGAUGACAGUGUUGCACCUACAAUUGCUGCAGAUGAACUCUCAGCGAUAUGGGGCGCUGACAGUGUUGCACCUACUAUUGCUGCAAAUGUACUGUCAGCCAUAUGGGUCGAUGACAGUGUUGCACCUACCAUUGCUGCAAAUGUACUGUCAGCGAUAUGGGUCGAUGACAGUGUUGCACCUACUAUUGCUGCAAUUGUACUGUCAGCGAUAUGGGUCGAUGACAGUGUUGCAUCUACUAUUGCUACAAAUGUACUGUCAGCGAUAUGGGUCGAUGACAGUGUUGCACUCACUAUUGCUGCAAAUGUACUGUCAGCGAUAUGGGUCGAUGACAGUGUUGCACCUACUAUUGCUGCAAAGCUGCAAAUGUACUCUCAGCGAUAA